AUGAACAGCCGCUGCCUAGCUCUGCUCUCCUAUGUCAAACCCUCAUGUCCGUCAGCAUUGCCCGGAGCCAAGCCGGUCAGAGCUGCACUGGCGCAGCAUUGGGUGGGAGGAGGGGUGUGGAGUAGGUGCGGAGUUGUUCACCGAUCAGUUCCAUUGACGCAGCAAACGGAGUCCGAAGCCAAAACCAAAGUAAACAACAGGGACGGUGGUGGUGCGGAAGAGGGAGCAUUUGUAGUAGAGCUUAAAAGCUCCACAAGUUGGAUUAUUAU